CAGAUCAUGUUUUGUACUUUGAACACUCAUAAAGCUGAUAUGGACAAGCUCUUAGGUGCACAAAUUGGCCUUGAAGAUUUCAUAUUUGCUCACAUAAAAGGACAACGAAAAGAAGUGGAAAUUCUUAAAACUCAUGAUGUGCUUGGGCUUACCAUUACAGACAAUGGAACUGGCUGUGCGUUUAUAAAGCGAAUCAAAGAAGGUAGCCUUAUGGACCAAACCAAAAUGAUCUGCGUGGGUGAUCACAUAGAGACUAUAAAUGGAAAAAAUGUGUCAGAGUGUCGGCAUUAUGAAGUUGCCAAAAUGCUAAAAGAUCUAGAGAAAGGUCAAAUGUUUAAGCUGGAGUUGGUAGAGCCUAUGAAAGCAUUUGGUGAGUGA